AUGGACAACGAGUGUCAAUAUUGGCUUGCUUUAAAGUACAAAGGUGAAUCAGCUGGUUUAUGUUGCGCAUCUGGAAAAAUUUCACUUUCACCAUUAAAUCCACCACCGGAACCUUUGAAAACAUUAUUAGCUGGAACCGCAUCUCAAUCGAAAUUGUUUUUGCGGAAAAUUCGUAAAUUCAAUUCUUGCUUUCAAAUGACAUCAUUUGGAGCAACAAAAAUUUUUCAUAAUGAGGAUGGUCGUAAUUUUGAAUCUACAUUUAAGAUUCAAGGUCAAGUGUACCACCAAAUUGGUUCAUUGUUUCCAAUGCCUAAUGUCGAUCCAAAAUUCUUACAAAUUUACGUUAUGGGCGAUGAGGAGCAAUAA